UGAUCGAUCUUUCAUUUUGUGCUCACUUUGCACUGUCCAUUCGCUACCGUUUCAUCAUGGCUCGUCAAUUGGCCGCAAUUCUGGCUGCUGCUCUUGCUUUUAGUGGUGUUAGCGCUGGACCUUGCAAGCCUGUUUCUUCACUCUCCCUGUCGUCUACAGUUCUUGUCGAGACGACUACAACUACGGCUUCCCACGAGACUUCCUCGUUUACAAUCACUGCCGAGGUGACUGAGACUACUGGUACUUUCGAGACCACAAUCACCGACGCUGCCACUGGCACUACUGCUACCACGGAUGCUAUCGACACUACCAUUACCGAGAGCGCUACGGACACUACGAAGGCCGGAUCUAUCGCCACUUUCUUGACUACUACUAUCACCGAAGAAACUCCCCAGCAGUCUACCACCACCACUGCUGGUCCCGUUGGGCCAGGUCCUUGCAUUGAAGAGCAGGUCCUUUACAACCCCAGCUUCGAUGAUAACAGCGAUGCUUGGCCAUGGGACUUUGACAGCAGUGUCACCGUCGAUACAGUGCAGCCGCGUUCCCCCUCCAACCUCCUAUCGAGUUACGUCACUUCGGACAGUCCAUCCACCAUGUUCUCUCAAGCUCUCCCUGCGUUGGGAGACUAUGAAUACGAGUUGGUCUACUACAUCGCCAUGGGCAAUUAUGCGAUCAAUAACUUUGAAUUCCGCUGCUAUGCUACCACAUUCGUCAACGGAAAAAAGAUGGGGGAUAGCAGUAACUUCGAUGGAAAUGGCCCGUUCACAUGGCAGCGAGUUAGCGAGGUCUUGACGCCACAGAACUCCGAUGAUGCUGGGGAAUUGCGUUUCGAGAUCCAGUGCGAAGGCGGAUUCCGGUAUGCUUACAUGCGUGUUGAUGAUGUCAGUCUCACUCGUCGUUGCGGUGCGUGAUUGAGACUACAAGGGACUAAACGAACUAAACGUUCCUUUGAUCUGUGUCUAUGAGGCAUUCGAUACGUUCGGCAUCUUGUGACGAUGCGCGUUUCCCUAAGCUUGAUAGCUUUUACCUCGCUAUGACUUAAGCAAAUAACAUUCCAUGUGUAAAUAAUUCAAUCAUAUAUCCAAUCCAUCAGUCAGCC